GACAUGAUGAAUAUUAGCACGUUAUUUUUGGCAAUAUUCAGUCUCUUUGCUGGCUAUGGAGAAUGCGGCAAAGGAAGAAUGCAAUAUGCUUCAAAAACAUUUCCACCGGAUUUUAAAUUCGGCGUAUCAACUGCGGCUUAUCAAAUAGAAGGUGGUUGGAAUGCUGACGGUAAAGGAUGGUCGAUGUGGGAUCAUUUAGUUCGUACUGAUCCUGAAUUUAUAGCUGACAAUACUAAUGGUGAUGUUGCUGCCAAUUCAUAUUAUUUUUAUAAAAAAGAUGUUGAAAUACUUAAAGAAUUAGGCGUUGAUAUGUAUAGAUUUUCUAUAUCAUGGCCGAGAAUAUUACCGUACGGUCGAGCGGAUUAUAUAAAUCCAUAUGGCAUCGCAUAUUACAAUGCGCUGAUUGAUGAGUUAUUAGCUAAUGGAAUAACACCGUUCGUAACGAUGUAUCAUUGGGAUCUGCCGCAAAAUUUAAACGAGCAAGGCGGUUGGUUGAAUGAAGGAUUAGUAGAUAUAUUUGGUGAUUACGCAAGAGUCCUGUACCAACAUUUUGGAGAUCGUGUCAAACAUUGGUUGACAAUUAACGAACCUUAUGUUCAUUGUUAUCAAGGAUUUGUUACUCUUCGUCAUGCUCCUAGAGUAAAUAUGCCAGCGACAGGUUUUUACGAAUGCGGUAGACAUUUAUUGUUGGCUCAUGCGAAGGCAUAUCAUAUUUAUCAGGAAGAAUUUAAAUCGCAAGGUGGACAAGUUGGGAUAGUUUUGAGUAUGGAUUGGGCAUAUCCUGAUAGUGAUUCAGCUGAUGAUGCAGAAGCGGUUUUGGAUUAUUUCGCUUCCCAUAUGGGAAUAUUUGCCAAUCCGAUAUUCACAAGCGAGGGCAACUACCCUCAACGUUUGAUCGAUCGCGUUGCCAAUAUUAGUAGCAGUCAAGGAUUCCAAUAUUCUAGACUCCGUCCAUUCAGUCAGGAACAAAUAGAAUAUAUGAGAGGAACUUCAGACUUCUUAGCUUUGAAUCAUUACACCAGUGAUAUUGUGUAUAGAAACGCUUCAGUUGUAGGAAUGUAUGAAGUACCUUCCUUCAAUGAUGAUACUGGAUUUGCAACAUACAAAGAUCCAAAUUGGCCUGUUAGUGCCAGUGCAUGGUUACGGGAACACGCGCAAGGAUUUUAUAAUCUUCUAGUGUACAUAAAGGAUACAUACAACAAUCCUACAAUUUACGUAACAGAGAAUGGUUUUUCGACCACCACUGGAUUGAACGACAACGGCAGGGUUCAGUAUAUCAGGAAUUAUUUAAAUGCUUUAUUAGACGCCGUAGCUGAGGGUGUUGAUGUCCGAGGAUACAGUGCUUGGAGUUUAAUGGAUAACUUUGAAUGGGCAAUGGGUUAUACGCAAAGGUUCGGGCUUUACCAAAUAGAUAUAAAUGAUCCCGAAAAGGAAAGAAUUCCGAGAAAGUCUGCGCUGGUUUAUAAAGAAAUUAUUAGCAGUAGAUUUAUUGACUUGGAUUUCGAUCCUAAUCCUUACGAAGUUAGCGGUGCUGGCUAUCUAAAGUCAUGUGUUUUUGUAAGUAUUGUAGCUUAUUUAUUAAAUAAUUUAAUUAUAGGUUCGGCGCGUGCUAGGCUUUUGGCUGUGGGUACGCAUGAGGCUGGUUACUGGCUUCACGCGUACCCUUCGCCACAUACAGGAACAUUUCUGGAACCUGACACGCUCCGAAUCGCAACCUGUCUUCGGCUUGGGGUUCCGGUCUGCGCUCCUCAUAGGUGUCCCUGUGGCAGUGAUGUCGACAAGCUAGGACAUCACGGACUGUCUUGCCAAAAAAGUGCAGGCCGCUUCUCGAGACAUGCCGCACUCAACGAUAUCAUACGUCGGUCUCUUGCCACCGUCAACGUGCCAAGUCUACUAGAGCCAACUGGUGUAGCAAGAGACGAUGGCAAGAGACCUGACGGUAUGAGUUUGAUUCCAUGGAAGAUGGGUCGGGUGCUGGUAUGGGAUGCAACCUGUUCAGACACGCUGGCCCCUUCCCAUCUACAUGGAACCAACAACAGAGCGGGUGCGGCUUGUGAAGCGGCUGAAAAUGCAAAAGCAUGCAAAUACAGGGGUCUAGGCUCCGAAUAUCAUUUUGUCCCAUUCGGCGUCGAGACCAUUGGUUUAAGAGUUUAUAUAUUCAUAGAAAUAAGGUUGUAA